AUGGCAUCUCCUGAUAUUACUCUUCAUACUUGCUCAACUCCCAACGGAGUAAAAAUUAGCAUUGCUCUUGAAGAAUUAGGACUUCCUUAUAAAGUGAAUUAUGUUUCUUUUGAAAAACGAGAACAAAAGAGCCCCGAGUUUUUGAAAAUCAGUCCAGCAGGAAAAAUUCCUGCUCUCACGGAUCAUGAUUUUAAUAUAUUUGAAAGUGGCGCUAUUUUGAUUUAUCUUUGUGAAAAUUAUGAUCCUGAAGAGAAAUUACUUCCAAAGGAUCCCAAGUUAAAAAGUCAAGUUAUACAAUGGAUUAUGUUCCAAAUGGCUGGAGUCGGACCUAUGCAAGGAGAAGCUAAUUUUUAUAACACUUUCUCACCAGAACAUGUUCCAUAUUGCAUUGAACGAUAUACAAAAUAUACUUUAGCAGAUAUUACAAAUUAUUCUAUGGUUAAGUUCCACCUGAUUUGUGGAAUUCCAAAUCUAGAUGAUUUACCAAAUUUAAAAGCUUGGGUGGCUCGUAUUGAUGCAAGACCUGCUACUCAAAAAGGCAUAGAUGUACCUAACCCAUGA